UUUCAUGUGAAAGGGAGGACUGAGCUGCUCAGAGCUUUCGAGUUCAGAUGUGGAAAACUCACCUUCCAAGUAUCAUCCUUCUGUCUGGGGUUUUAGAAGAAGUUUGGCACACUGGUUGUUGACGUUUCCAUUUUCCAGGACUGGAAAUGAGUAAGUUCCAUGGCGAGCUGACCCAGAGGGAGCAGGAGCUGCUGAGGAUCCGGCGGGACAGCGACACCAAGGCCGCCGAGCUCGCCAAGAUGGAGAAGAUGCUGCAGCAAACCAAGAACAUGAUGGAGAAGAAGACCGAUUCUGGUCUGGAGAGCAAGGGCUACCAGGAGAACAUGGUGGAGGACCUGGAGGAGAAGGUGCGCUCCAGCAGGCGCUACAGGAGGAACUCCCUCCACCACACGCAGAUGCUGGAGAGCCAGAUGAAGACGGUGAAAGGAGAGCUGGUGGGAACGCUGGACCACCUCCAGGAGCUGAGGAAUGUCCUGCGGCGCUCCCAGCAGAAGGCGGAGGAGCGCAAGGUGGCCAUGGAGAAGCUGGCCGCCGGCCUCAGGUGAAUCGCCUUCCUCUAGAGUCGACCUGUCAACCAUUUUCUCGCUCCAGAUCCUCCGUCGUCACGCAAGGCCGUGCAGAAAGCCUGUUUAUUCACACCCCAGCUGUACACCGACUAAACUGAAGAAGACCAGAAUGAAGCCGCUUUCACUGUUUUCUCCCAAUAUAUGCAAAGUAGUAACUCCUGUGUAGUUUCAUACAUGUGAUAAAAACAAAGAUUUCAAUGUGUUGAAAAUGUCUUGUUGUGUUUCUGGACUUGUUCCCCUGAAGACAAAGAGAUGUGUUGUGGCAGAGAUGUGAUCAGAAGUGAUAUGAUCACACUGCGUCACAUGCUGUGAAGAGAAGAGAGUUAAUUUGCAAACUGAAUGUUUUCUGCUCCUGAUGGACUCAUCCGCCCUGAGUUAUUGCUUCUGCAUGAUCAGAACAACAACAACAACAACAACAAAUCACUGUCCUAUGAGAGACUGGAGGGUGUUACAUUGCGAGGUCUGCACUUGUACAUUCAGCUGAAAAUUUGAAGUGAUGCAGAUUUAUGAUACUUUUAUUUUCUUUUGGAACAAACAAGAUGAUAAUAUUGUGAAAUAAAGUGACAGAAAUCAAC